CCCUGUCCACGCCGCGUGUGUUUCAGAGUGAGGGCAGCAGCGUGGUGAUCGAGGUGGAAACGCGAAGGCUCCAGAGGUGUGCACAAUAACUGCACUAAGGCGCUGCCAAAAUGCUCGUGUUGUUUGAAACCGCAGCUGGAUAUGCAAUAUUCAAAGUCCUCAAUGAAUCCAAACUGCAGCAGGUCGACUGCCUGUAUAAGGAGUUUGAAACUCCCGAAAAAGCCAAUAAAAUCGUUAAGCUGAAGCAUUUUGAGAAGUUCCAGGACACAACAGAGGCCUUAGCAGCUGCGACUGCCCUUGUUGAGGGAAAACUUGGCAAGAGUCUGAAGAAGGUCCUGAAGAAAGUUGUUGCCAAGGAAGCUCAUGAGCAGCUGGCUAUUAGUGAUGCAAAACUUGGUGGCGUUAUCAAAGAAAAACUGGACCUGAGCUGUGUCCACAGCCCUGCUGUGGCUGAACUGAUGAGAUGCAUCAGGGGUCAGAUGGAGAGCCUCAUCACUGGACUUCCUCCCAGGGAGAUGAGUGCUAUGUCUUUAGGGUUGGCUCACAGUUUAUCCCGCUACAAGCUGAAGUUCAGUCCUGACAAGGUGGACACAAUGAUCGUGCAGGCUAUUUCUCUUCUGGAUGACCUGGACAAAGAACUUAAUAAUUACAUAAUGCGUUGCAGAGAGUGGUAUGGCUGGCAUUUCCCUGAGCUCGGAAAAGUGAUCACAGACAACUUAGCCUACUGCAAGAGUGUCCGCAAAAUAGGUGAUCGCACAAAUGUCGCUGGCUCUGAUCUAUCAGAUAUCCUCCCCGAGGAGAUCGAGGUCGAGGUUAAAUUGGCUGCUGAAAUCUCCAUGGGAACAGAAGUGUCAGAGGAAGACAUUGGCAACAUCAGGCACCUAUGUGAUCAGGUGGUAGAGAUUUCAGAAUACCGGGCUCAGCUCUACGACUACCUGAAGAACAGAAUGAUGGCAAUCGCUCCCAACCUCACUGUAAUGGUGGGGGAGCUGGUUGGCGCCCGUCUCAUCUCACAUGCAGGUUCCCUUCUGAAUCUGGCAAAGCAUCCAGCCUCCACAGUCCAGAUCCUUGGAGCAGAGAAGGCUCUUUUUAGAGCCCUGAAGACGCGCAAAGACACACCCAAGUAUGGUCUCAUAUACCAUGCUUCUCUAGUGGGCCAGACCACUGCUAAGAACAAGGGCAAGAUUUCCAGGAUGCUGGCAGCUAAAGCAGCCCUGGCUAUUCGCUAUGACGCUCUCGGAGAAGACACAAAUGCAGAAAUGGGUGCAGAGAACCGUGCCAAGCUGGAGGCCAGACUACGUCAGUUGGAAGAUAAGGGAAUUCGAAGAAUCAGUGGAACAGGCAAAGCAAUGGCAAAGGCAGAUAAAUACCAGCACAAGAGUGAAGUGAGAAUUUAUGAUCCGUCAGGUGAUUCUACGAUUCCGUCCACAUCGAAGAAGAGGAAGUUUGAGGAGGUAGAAGAAGAGGAUGCCACAGAGCCCACGACACCAGCAGUCAAACCCAAAAAGGCAAAACAGGAGUUGGCAAUAGAAGAAGAAGAACAAGCAGAAACAUCAGCGGCAGCAGAGGAGACCCCAAAGAAAAAGAAGAAGAAAAAGAAGGAUAAGAAAGCAGAGGAGAAAAUGGAAGAACCAAAGGAAGAAGAGGUGGUAGCAGUUACUGAGACAACAGAGAAGAAGAAAAAAAAGAAAAAGAAGGUAAAAGAGGAGCAGGAAGAAGAUUGAAAGGAGAGGAGAGUGUAAAUAGUUUUGUUUUUUUGUCUUUUAUUUUUAUUAUUCAAUUAUAUUUUCUGAGGACAAUACAGUAUUGAGUGCCUGUCUGUGGACAUCUGAAAAGAAGUUCACAGUAAACAGAGUAAUCAUUAGAUCUCAUUCUUUUCUGUUGUCAUAAAGAAACUGUACAAUAAGUCUUUUUUUCUUUUUCUUUUUUCUUUUUUUUGAAGAUGCUUAAGCUUAAUCUACCAAAAGCCUGUGUAGAUGAGCAUUUGUUUUAUUCACAAAGAGAUCUAAUUGAGUCAUGAGUUCAGUACAGAUUUCCCAGUUCUCUUGUGAUAAACAAAACCAGGUGAAAUAAAACCUUUUGCUCAAAU